AUGGACUUCUCGGACGUCGGCGUCCGCCACACGAUUCUCAACAGUAUCCAGUUGCAUCACUUUAUUGACUUUUCUCCUUCUGCUGCUGCUAUUGCUAAGGAAGCUCGACUCUGUGUUAUUGCUAUUGUGGUUGGGUGGAUCACCACUCGCGUUGUUGCUAGCUUGUGCGAGUCCGAUAGAUCGUGCCAUUGUGACCGCGGCAAAGCUUCCAAUCGUUCGAAGUGGUCCGAUACCGAAUAA